AUGGCGGAGGAAAGACUACCCUUGUCUGAAGAAGGCCGCACCUUACGCAAAGCGCUUGAGGAUGGUCACCAGGACCCCUUCCAUACGCUCCAAGGCUUCGCAAAGACGCAGCAGCCCGACCCUGAAAUGGUGCGAGUGACAUUAGUAGCUGCCAUGAUGCGCCUUAUGAGGAUGCCAGGACGAGCUCGGCGGAAAGACUUCAUAUCAAGCAGAGAUCCACCUAUCGCCCGCUCUCUGCUUGAGCACAUGUGGUCCGAUGUCGAACGGUGGUUGCCCUUGCUACUAGGCGACCUUAGAGCUUUAGAGGCGCUUUGCUACUUUGCAGUAGCCGAAGGUCUGGACAAGCACAUGCUUGAUUGGGUGACAGUAGAGGACUCGUUCAACAUCAAGUCUGUUGGCCCAACCGGUUGGGUUUGGCAGAGCAGAUCAUGGCGCGCGACUGUGUUACGUUGUUUGUGCCGAGCUUAUGGCUUGCACGCUGAAUCUCACGACCUCAACCAGGCCUUGCAGGCCUUCUUCACGGUGCGCGACAGAGAAAUUCCGGGGCAGAACCGCAAGGAUUACUUCCGGGUAGAUCUGUCGCCCGCUUUGUUUGGCCUUACAUCCCUCUUAUGUACGGGAAGUUAUUAUCGCACUGAUAGGUGCUUGUUCGAGGAGUUCACGUCAACUGCCAGCGAUGUGCUGCGGAACAAGCAUAUACCUCGACGUUUCGGGGAUGCACUCAAUAGCGCGAGACUACCUUUGUAUCACCCUACGUCUCCAGAUAUCUCUAGCGCCACCGAACUUCUCUCCACGAAGGGAGACGAGUUAGCUCAGAUGGCCACUGGACCGCUUGCACAAUACGCUCUAACGGAUUUUCUGGUGCGUAUAGCUGUUGUGGCUACAGCAAAUGGUCAGGCGAAGCCGGUCGCGGAUGUCAAGCAAACGUACUUGGGACUAUUUGGCGUAGAUAUGCCAGCUCCGGAGAGGGAUCAGCGCAUUGUGGGCCUAUCCUGGAAGAAAAGCCACAAGGGUGAUCAGCCAUCCCAGAGUCGAGACUUGACGUUCAAGCGUCUUGAGCUGUAA